AUGCAAGUGUGUGGUGGACUGUAUGUAGGUGACCCCGACACCCGGGUACACGUGUAUCUCCACCAGGUGUUAGAGUUGGGUGUGUGUGUGUGUGAAAAGCACGCAAGCACACUUACUCACACUUACUCAGUCAUACAUGUAUUCCGCCUAUCUCACACUCACACACAUACA